AUGAAGGCCUCCAUCCUCGCGGGUCUCUCCCUUCUGGGAGCGGCCAUGGCUGCCGACGUGCCCUCCAUUGAAAUUAAGGGCAAGAAGUUCUUCUAUUCCAACAACGGCACCGAGUUCUUCAUCCGCGGUGUUGCUUACCAGCCCAACUUCACUGGUCGCAAUGGUGCUACCGGCAAGGACUCAUACACCGAUCCGCUGGCGAUUGACAGCUGCAAGCGUGACAUUCCCUAUCUGACAAAAUUGCGCACCAAUGUCGUCCGUACCUACGCCGUCGACCCCAGCAAGAACCACGAUGAGUGUAUGAAUGCCCUCGCCGAUGCCGGUAUCUACUUGAUCACCGAUCUAUCCUCGCCUGGCGAGUCCAUCGAGUCAAACAACCCUAGUUGGAACGCGGAUCUCUUCACUCGUUACUCUGAGGUCGUCGAUGCUUUUGCCAAGUACCCUAACGUCAUUGGAUUCUUUGCUGGAAACGAGGUUGCCAACAGGGUCAACAACACCAACUCCAUGGCCUACGUCAAGGCCGCCGUCCGUGAUAUGAAGUCCUACAUCAAGCAGAAGGACUACCGUUCUUCCCUUGCCGUCGGUUAUGCCACUGAUGACGAUGCUACCGUCCGUGAGGCCGUCUCCAACUAUCUGAUUUGCGACGAUUCCUCGGACUCGAUUGACUUCUUCGGCUACAACAUCUACGAGUGGUGCGGUGACUCCACCUUCCAGAAGUCCGGCUAUGCCGAGCGCACCAAGGAGUUCGAGGACUACCCCGUUCCCGCAUUCUUCUCCGAAUAUGGCUGCAAUGAAGUCCGUCCCCGCAAGUUCUCCGAUGUCCCCGUCUUGUACAGCGACAAGAUGACCGACGUCUGGUCCGGUGGUAUCGUCUAUAUGUACUACGAGGAGGCCAACAAGUACGGCCUGGUUUCCGCUGACGGCGACGAAGUCUCGACCCUCCCCGAUUUCAGCAACCUCUCCAAGCAGAUGGCUUCCGUCACUCCCACCGGUGUCAACUCCGACAAGUACUCCGUCACCACCACUGUCGGCCGCAGCUGCCCCACUAUCGGCUCGGACUGGCACGCCGCUAGCAAGCUGCCCCCCUCCCCCAACGCCGAGCUGUGCGAGUGCAUGUACGCCUCCCUCGAAUGUGUGCCCAACAAGGAUAUCUCCGGCAAGGAGAUCUCCAACACCUUCUCCUACCUUGGUGGUGAGGACGGUAUCAUGGACGGUGUCGGGUCGAACGCCACCUCCGGCAAGUACGGUGCCUACUCCAUGUGCUCUACCAAGCAGCGUCUUGCCUGGGCCAUGAACGUCUACUACCAGAAGAACAAGGGCAAGGCUGCUGAGAAGGCUUGCGACUUCGACGGUGUUGCCUCCACCCAGAAGAGCAGCUCCGCCUCCGGCUCCUGCGCUACCCAGAUGAAGGCCGCCGGCUCUGCCGGCACUGGCACCAUCUCCGGUGGCUCCCUUGCUGCCAGCACUGGUGCUGGUGCCUCUGGCACCGGCGGUGCUACUUCCUCCGGUGUUGCUGUUGGCACUGUUCCCAAGGCCGUCCACAUUGGUGCCUGGCAGGCUGGUGCCUACGCAGUCGCUGCCAUUGCCUCCGGUGCCUUUAUGAUCAUGCUGUAA